AUGUCCUUUUUUAGUCUGUUUCAUAUCUAUCUAUCUAUCCAUCCAUCCUAUUCUGUUCAUAUCUAUCUAUCCAUCCUAGUCUGUUUAUAUCUAUCUGUCCUAGUCCUUUCAUAUCUAUCUAUCCAUCCUAGUCUGUUUUCUAUAGAUCUAUCCAUCCAUCCUAUUCCAUCCUAUCCAUCCUAUUCUUCUGUUCAUAUCUAUCUAUCUAUCCAUCCAUCCUAUUCUGUUCAUAUCUAUCUAUCCAUCCUAUCUGUUUAUAUCUAUCUAUCUAUCCUAGUCUGUUUAUAUCUAUCUAUCUAUCCUAGUCUGUUUAUAUCUAUCUAUCUAUCUAUCCUAUCUGUUCAUAUCUAUCUAUCUAUCUGUCCUAGUCUGUUCAUAUCUAUCUAUCUAUCUAUCUGUCCUAGUCUGUUCAUAUCUAUCUAUCUAUCUAUCUGUCCUAGUCUGUUCAUAUCUAUCUAUCUAUCUAUCUAUCCUAGUCUGUUCACAUCUAUCUAUCUAUCUAUCUAUCCUAGUCUGUUCAUAUCUAUCUAA